UGAUGAUGAUGGUGAUGAUGAUGUAUGCUGUAUGCAAAAAAAAGAUAUAAAAAUGAAGCUAAGUGGGCAGCCACAGCAUACAUCAUCAGGAUUACUACGACUGAACUUCUGCUCUUGAUUUUUUUCAUAGCUUCACUUCAGCGUAAUUUCAUCCAAAUGAAGACUUUAUCACUGUGGAUAUUUGGGCUUCUGCUCGUCAGCCCCAUAGGAGUGCAUGGACUCAACCACUUUCCAGAAAAUUUCAUUGUGGCAAAAAGGGAUGACGCAAACCCAGUCACACUGACCUGCGGUGCAAAGAUCAACGGACCUGUCACGUGGAAGUUUGAUGGUGAAGUGAUUGAGGAUUUUGAGGACAAUAUCCAGCAAGACGGUCAAAAGUUGAAUGUGUCCGAAGUAGAUACACCUAUGCUGGGAGAAUACAGCUGCUGGAGAGGAGAACAGGUGUUAUCAUCAACCUAUCUGCUGCUGGAAGCUGAGGAGGAAGAGAAAUUAGAUUCCCUCCUUAGUUGCUGGGCAAAGUCUUAUGACUGUAACUUCAGCUGUAACUGGUCCAACACUAGAUACACAGCAGUGCGCCUUGGACUGGGCCAUGACUGCAGUGAAGGUGGGAAGUCAUGUCACUGGGUCAGCAGCAGUGAUCAGCUCCUGGGUGGGGGAUUCCAGUUUGAGCUGUCCCACUCCCUCUCACCCUAUGCUGAGGAAAGCACCAUGCUCGAACUCACUGCUGAGGCCGUUGUUAACCUCUCCAUCCUCAGGAGAACCAAGAGAUUUUAUCUCAGAGACAUCGUUCAACCCGAUAGUCCCCAGAUUGUCAAUUGCCAAGAGGUGGAGCAGGACCUGAAUGUGACCAUUGAUCCACCAUCCAGCUGGUCUACUCCUUACAGUUUCUUCAGUCUGGAGCACGAGAUUGAAUAUAUGUCUAAAGAUGAUGGCAAGAUUGGACGUUCUUUAUCUACUCUGAUACCAAAGAGGAUCAGCAAGUUGCGAGUUCGCUCCAGAGACUCACUGGUGCGCUCAGCCUGGAGCCAGUGGACUCCUUGGAAAAAUGUAACCUACUGA